AAGAAACAUCUGAAGGAGACACGGCACUGUGGCUGUGCAACACUGUAAGACUGAAGUAUAUUAGGACACUUCUCUUCCCUUUGCCGUUCAGGCAGCUAACUCAGAAUGGAUUGGAAAACAUUCCAGGGAAUCCUGAGUGGUGUGAAUAAGUAUUCUACAGCAUUUGGAAGAAUCUGGCUAUCAGUGGUAUUUGUAUUCAGAGUUCUCGUGUAUGUGGUCGCCGCAGAGAAAGUAUGGGGAGACGAACAAAAAGAUUUUGAUUGUAACACUCGACAACCUGGUUGCACCAAUGUUUGCUAUGACCACUACUUCCCUAUAUCUCAUAUCCGACUUUGGGCUCUACAGCUCAUAUUUGUGACUUGUCCUUCACUGUUGGUCAUUAUGCACGUGGCUUACAGAGAAGAUCGAGAAAAAAAGAACAAGAUUAAAAAUGGAGAUAAAUGUAAUAAACUGUAUGAAAACCCAGGCAAGAAACAUGGUGGUCUGUGGUGGACCUAUCUUUUGAGCCUUUUCUUCAAAACUGGUAUAGAAAUAUCAUUCCUGUACAUCCUUCAUAAAAUGUGGGAUAGCUUUGACCUGCCAAGACUUGUUAAGUGUACGAAUGUGGAUCCAUGCCCUAAUAUUGUGGAUUGCUACAUUGCCCGACCAACUGAGAAGAAGGUUUUUACCUAUUUUAUGGUAGCAGCCUCUGCCCUCUGUAUCAUCCUAAAUAUUUGUGAGAUAUUCUACCUCAUUUCUAAAAGAGCUCUCAGAUGUGUUUCAAAGUAUAAGAAGUCCAAUAAACAUUCAGUUACCUACAGCAAAGCAUCAACCUGCCAGUGCCAUGUUCAUUUGGAUGCCUCAGAGAAGAAACCAAUUAACAAAACAUUGGAGUCUCUCAGAGCUUCUGCACCCAAUCUGACCUCUUUGUAAAAUGUUCAAAUUAAAGAUCAAGCAACAGUCAAGCAAGUCACCUAGGACACAGAACUUGUGCUGCCUUCUAUUUUGGUAAUGUUGAUCUAAAAUGUAUUGGAGAAGAUACUGGCAGUCAUAAUGUGGGGACUCUAUCUAAAUGAGCCUACAAGUACUUCUUUCAGAGCUGCCAAAAGAAAAUUCAAAAUGUGUGUUACCUAACUUAAGGAUGGACAUACCACUGAGACAUAGGAUAACAUUAUGAACACUAAAGAACAAAAGAAAAAAAAAAUAUGACUGUCUUCUGAAGUCAAGUCCUAUACAAAUCCUAUAAUAUGCAUUUCAUAGUUUAGAUACGAAAUGAUGUGACUCAACAAUUAAUGGAGAUCUUCAAAUGAAAGUAAUAGUUACUGCCACAAUAAACAUGUUGACAUAGACUGGACUAAUCUAAUGAACUACUUAUGUUAUUGGGAGUUGAAGAAGAAGAAAAAACAUUCUACAGUUAUACUAUAUGGAACAAGAUUGAUGUUGGUGACAUUUAUUCACAUGGUCCUCCAGAGGAACAGAGGAUCCUCAAAAAGGCUCUCAUUUUUAUACCCACAACAGGGUUUGUGAAGCUCAGAGAAGACAUUGUCACUUACAGAUGACCAGCUGCUAGGCUCUGUCACAUUUUUGGUUGUUUCUUAUUAAUGAUAUGACUCGUGUAGACAAAAAUAGCAGAGUUUACAAGGUAAUCAAAACAGGACAUUUGUUCUAGCCACCUGGAGGAUGUGCCCUCAGAUUUACCUCUUAUGGUUGGACUACAAUAACUCAGUUGUUUUUGUUUCUUUCAUCAAAACACUGGAAAACACUUUUUGGAUAUAUUUCGAUAAAAAAAAACUGAGUAUGAAUAAAAUUCUGGCUAUAACACGUAAUGUUUGAUAUCCUACAGCGACUAAGCUAGCGAUUAUGCUUGGUUCCAAUUCUAGGUCUAUUUUUACUCAUGUUUAUCGCAAUGGAUGGGAAUUAGGAUAAUAAUAGAGACAUUAAAUUAGUUACGUCCAUUUAGAAUGCAUCUGUACUAGAAAUAUU